CAUUUUUUCUUUUCAUGAAAUCCAUUCAAGAUGUGUGGGGUACACCUGACUUGUUCAAAAGUGUUUCCUUACUUCAGUCUUUCUUUUACAAGAUUGAGAAUGAAAAUCUACCUAUAGAAAACAAAUAUAACUUUUUAGUAGACCUAGUUUUGAUUCUUGAAAAUGCUGCAGACAAUAUUCGGACAGUGAAAGGAGAUCAAGUCUUCCAAUCGUUGACGCUGUACAAAGAAGCUUUAAAGCAUAAAGAACAUCUAUGGAAAGUGGAAGACAAGUUAUACUCCCAAGAAGCUAUGGAAAAUAUCGAGAAGAAACUGCGAGCUGACGUGAAUAACCAAUAUCCUACGUUUACAAAAGCCAUGACAAGACAAAGGAAAAUGGUUGAUAAAGGAACUCUCGAGAGUGUUUCUUCAGCAACUUUGCGAAAUAUUUUAACGACAAGUUGUUUGCAAGGAAUUUCACAAACAAGUGGCGAAGAUAGUGUAUCUCACGAAGGAACUCUAAACCGGACCAAAACAAACAUGGAUAGCAAUGAACAGCAAAAAAAUCUUGUUGAAGCAGAUAGAAAUGUUGUACAAAAAAAAGCUGUAUCAGAUCAAACAGAGAUACUAUCAGAUGCUGACAAAGCAAACCAUCCAACGAAUUCUAACACUUUCCAACGAGCUUCUGAAUAUCUCUUUGCCAACAACAAGAACAACGCUAACUCAACCAGCAAUAGCGAGAACAUUCAAACAAAAAGACAACCUAUGAAAAAGAAAGGUUUUCAAAUCCCACGAAGACUGGAGAAUGAAAAUAAUGACACUGAAGCAACUAUAAAGUCGAAAGAUGAAGAAAACCAACUCCCUCAAAUACCAAAUGUAGAACCACGACUCGUUGAACUCAUAACGAACGAAGUUUUAGAGAAAAAUCCUGGAGUCGGAUGGAACGAUAUUGCAGGACUUGAAUUUGCAAAGAGUUGCGUGUUGGAAGCAGUGGUUUGGCCUAUGAUGCGACCUGACAUAUUUUCUGGUAUUCGACGUCCUCCCAAAGGACUUUUGCUCUUUGGCCCUCCAGGAACAGGCAAAACAAUGAUAGGUCGAGCAAUUGCUUCUAGAGCUGGAGCAACAUUUUUGAAUAUUAGCGCUUCCUCUUUAACUUCAAAAUGGGUUGGAGAAAGUGAAAAGAUGGUUCGAGCUCUCUUUGGAGUAGCGAGAUGCUAUCAACCAGCAGUUAUUUUUAUAGAUGAAAUUGACUCUCUGCUCACACAAAGAUCCGAAGCGGAUCAAGAGUCAUCAAGACGACUCAAAACGGAAUUUCUCGUGCAAAUGGACGGUGCUGCUUCAACAGACGAUGACCGCAUUUUGGUUGUUGGGGCCACCAAUCGACCUCAGGAACUGGAUGAGGCAGCUAGACGCAGGCUAAUAAAAAGACUAUACAUCCCAUUACCCGACCCUGAAGCAAGAAAAUGUCUUAUAUCCCGACUUGUUUCCUCGCAGAAGCAUUCUUUGACAGAAGAACAGCUCGAAAGCCUAACAGAAAAAACCCAAGGUUUGAUAUUCUGGAUCCGACUUGCGAGCUCUUUGUGCAGAAGCUGCUAUGGGCCCUUUGCGAGAACUUGGAGAACAGUUGGAAAGCAUAUCUUUGGAAAACGUGAGGUCCAUUGAUUACGAAGACUUCAUUUCUGCCCUGCGACUUGUACGAGCCAGUGUCGCAACAACAGAUCUGAAUAUAUAUAAAAUUUGGAAUGAUCAAUAUGGAUCUUUUCCAAUGGG